ACACCCGGGGAUUGCAGGCGGGCAGUCGACUACAGUCCAGACGCUGCACGGAGUCGGUUGAAACCCAGCUGAGAGGAGGAAGAGGCGCCCCCGGGGACGCAGUGAGAGUAUGAGGCUCUGGCCUCCACCGGCCACUCUCCCGUGACGCCUUCCACCACGGCGGGGCCUUCCAAGCCUACCUCCUGCCGUGUGGUGAUCUACCUGCAGCGGGAGAUGUCGGGGGAUACUUGUCUAUGCCCAGCCUCAGGGGCUAAGCCCAAGUUAAACAGCUUCAAAGGUGGAGGCCUGGGCAACAAGUAUGUCCAGCUCAAUGUGGGUGGCUCCCUGUACUACACCACUGUGCGGACACUCACCCGGCAUGACACCAUGCUCAAGGCCAUGUUCAGUGGGCGCAUGGAGGUGCUGACCGACAAAGAAGGCUGGAUCCUCAUAGACCGAUGCGGAAAGCACUUUGGCACCAUUUUGAAUUACCUCCGAGACGACACCAUCACCCUCCCUCAAACUCUGCAAGAGAUCAAGGAACUGAUGGCGGAAGCAAAAUAUUACCUCAUUCAGGGGCUGGUGAACACGUGCCAGGGUGCCUUGCAGGACAAGAAGGACUCCUACCAGCCUGUGUGCAACAUCCCCAUCAUCACGUCCCUGAAGGAGGAGGAGCAGCUCAUCGAAUCCUCCACCAAGCCUGUGGUGAAGUUGCUCUACAACAGGAGUAACAACAAGUAUUCCUACACCAGCAAUUCUGAUGACCACCUGCUGAAAAACAUCGAGCUGUUUGACAAGCUGUCCCUGCGCUUCAACGGCCGUGUGCUCUUCAUCAAGGACGUCAUUGGUGAUGAGAUCUGCUGCUGGUCAUUCUAUGGCCAGGGCCAUAAGCUGGCAGAGGUGUGCUGCACCUCCAUCGUGUAUGCCACAGAAAAGAAGCAGACCAAGGUGGAAUUCCCAGAGGCCCGAAUCUACGAGGAAACACUAAAUGUCCUACUGUUUGAGACACCCCGAGUCCCUGACAACUCCUUGUUGGAGGCCACAAGCCGCAGCCACAGGCAGGCUUCCCCCAGUGAAGACGAGGAGGCCUUUGAACUGAGGGAUCGGGUUCGCCGCAUCCACGUCAAGCGCUAUAGCACUUACGAUGACCGGCAGCUCAGCCAUCAAUCUGCCCAUCGGGAAUGACAAGACCCUCA